GAUGUCGUAUCACCAUACAUUUAAUUCGGUAUAACAAAGCAAACAGAAUGCAUGGUUACUGAUUAAUCGGACAGAAAACAGAACCCAUAGUUUCUGGCAAUCCAACAGCCGGUCAAGCGAGUUGGGCUAGCUAUUUCUAGCACGGAAGUGAACAUCCUGGGGUCAGAAUCACGUGAGGAGAACAGGUCAACUUCCCCAAACCAGCGUCAAAACACCUUCAGUCUCAGGGCGUACACGGAAGUCAGACGACAGGGAGACAUGGCGUCCAGCGGCGAGCGAGCAUCCAACAAGAAGAUGGACAAGUUACAGUCUGAAGUAGACGAGGUCACAGACUUGCUGAAGGAUAACGUUGACAAGAUUCUACAGAGAGGAGAGAAGCUGGAGCGUUUGGAGGAAAGGUCCGAGGAUUUGAAUGCAGAGGCAAACAGAUUCAGAGUAGUAUCUUCAAACCUCAAAAAGAAAUACUGUUGGCAGAAUUGCAAGAUGACAUUGGUCCUGACAGGGGUAAUACUGCUGUUACUUGUUGUUAUCGCUGGGAUUAUAGUUGGAGUGGUGAAGCCUUGGGAAAGUGGUGGUUCUCACAAUGGGACUGUAACACCUUAAGACAACAGGACAAAGUGUCUACUUCAUAUUGAAUGUGUACAUUAACAUAAAAGAAUGCAUUAGUAAUAGAAGUACAAUGUAUAAGCCAAUACACCUGUAAAAAAAGAUACUGGCUUGAAACUAAACUGCAAGAAAGUUAAAUGAAGAAAAGGAGGUUUUAAUUAAGGGAUUAGUGUCAAAUAUGUAAGGUCAUGUCAGUAGGUGCAUAGUAAGGCCAUGGAAGGUCCUGCUUCUGUGUUGCAAGUCACUUCAUAGAAUUAAUGACUACAGCUUGGGUGACUGGGUGGCUAGGUGUUUUUAGUACAUGUAAAUAAAAUGUUGCCUUGUUACAAUGACACCUGUAAUGUA